UUUUAUCCUACUCGUCAGAUUGUCAUAUCCUCUCGGUGUGUUAUCUUAGGUUAAUUUGGGGUUGGACUGGUUAGUCCUGUAGUUAUAUGGGAGGCAGCACAAAUCCACCGACUCUUUAACGAAUCAAAGCAUUUCUAUCACGCUUACUUCAGUGUUGCCAGCUCAUAUAAAUCAUUUAGAUUCGCCCCUGAUGUGUUGUGUGAAUGUAGCUUUAGUUUAAGUUUAGUUUAAUUCAGUUUUUCUGUGUUCUCGUACUGAAGAAUGGAUUUUAAACACGAUCUUUCCUAUCAUUCACCUUUAACCCAUUUGAAUUCAUUCUGCGGACUCUCGCUUGUGAUUGGCUGAGCGCAGGGGAGGCUGUGAGGUGUCACAGGAGCUGCUCUGUGAUUGGCCAUGGGAGAAUUUUGGGCGGGACUUUGACUCUGGGGUUUCGUGUUUACCAGAGUCUGAAUCAGAAACAGAAACCCGGUCACGCGCGCGACUGAACAUCAGUGGAUUUCCAGACUGGUUUAAGUUGAUCUAGUCCUGUGAUGAUUUUACUGUUAAACCGCGUCUGAUUGAUGAGAAUGGAGUAUAAGCUGUCAGUGAUGAGUCCUGUGAGAUAAACGCUGACAGCAGGAUUUCAUUCAAACAUGCCCAUCACACAGCACAUAAACUUUCCCACAGACUCACAGUUCAACCCUCAGCCCUCUAUAACCCCUCUCACCCGGGCACCACCGGGCUCCGCCCACUCCCUGCGGCCCCCGCUGGACUUCACUCUGGGCGCUCUGGCGUGCUGCGGGGCAUGCGUGUUCACCAAUCCUCUGGAGGUCGUGAAGACCCGACUUCAGCUGCAGGGUGAGCUGCAGACCCACGGGUCGUACCAGCGGCACUAUCGCGGGGUGGGGCAGGCGCUGUGGUUGGUGGGCCGUACGGACGGGAUUCGAGGUCUACAGAAGGGUUUGACGGCAGCACUGUUGUAUCAGGGGCUGAUGAACGGGGUUCGACUGGGGUUUUUCUCCUACGUGGAAGCCUCUGGGCUGACGGCAGUCCCGUGUGGAAGUCUGAUAGCCGGGGCGACGGCGGGCGCUCUGGGGGCCUUCAUUGCCUCCCCUGCUUAUCUGGUAAAGACUCACCUGCAGGCUCAGACGGUAAAGGCCAUUGCUGUGGGACAUCAGCACAACCAUCAGAGCGUCUCCAGUGCCUUUCUGUCCAUCUACCAGCGUGAGGGCAUCUUGGGUCUGUGGAGGGGCGUCAACGGGGCGGUGCCCAGGGUCAUGGUGGGUUCGGCUGCACAACUGGCAACGUUCAGUUCAGCUAAAGGCUGGGUAACACAUGCACAGUGGUUCAGUCCACAGAGCUGGCUCACGGCGCUCACAGCCGCUAUGAUCAGCGGGGUCGUCGUGGCGAUCACCAUGACACCGUUUGAUGUCAUCAGCACUCGACUCUACAACCAACCAGUGGAUGAGUUCAAAAGGGGUCGUCUGUACAGCGGUUUUAUGGACUGUCUGAUGAAGGUCACUUCCACUGAAGGAGUUUUGGGUCUGUAUAAAGGAAUGACGCCGGUGUUUGUGCGUCUGGCCCCUCACACUGUUCUCAGUAUGUUACUGUGGGACGUCAUGAGACAGCGAGCGCUACACUACACAUCUUAACACACACGCUGAAAUCUCUCGGGACCUAAUGAGAGAAGUUUCUUAUCAUCACCAUUAAUUAAUUCAGAACUUGAAGUUGAAGAGGAUCAUGGGAAAUUUUUUAACUCACUUGUGUGUCUUAUCUUUAUGUGAAUCUAUGUUUUUUUAAUGUGCAGUUGAUUAAAGAUUUACUAACUGACUAAAGUGUGCUUUCAUUAUUUGAGUUAUUGUUAAAGAAAAGCCCAGAGCUGUAUAUACAGUAUAGUCGAGAGCGGGGCACAAACUGAAGCUAGAUAGAUAUCCACACAUCCAUCCAUCAUCUGACCAUCCUUGUAUUACGCAUCAGUGCGUAUAAAUAAAUCAUAAUAGUGAGUUAUUUCCCUGAUAUCAUAUUUACAGUUAUCAUUUUGAUGAAUAGUAUUUACAUUUUAAUAUCAUUGUAUACCUGAGGCUUCAUUAUAACACUGUGUAACAACUUAAAAAAAAAACAUAAGAUGAAGAAAUGUACUUCCAAUGCACUCUUUGUUCAAUAUCUUAAUCAAAACGUUUCACAGGAGAUCUUCUGACAGUAAGAGAAAAAGACCAAACGCACAGAUUGACGCGAACAAUAACACCACAGCAUCUGUAUAUGAACAUGAGAGAGAGCAGAUGUGUUAAUAUUUAAACACACACAAUCAUUUCUAAUCCUACAGUCUGUGUUGUGUAAAUAAUAAAGUGUGUUGUGUGUGAUCAUGAUGUUUGAUUCAUUUAUUAAACUGAAGCUCAUACAGAUGUUGAGUUUCGUCCACACGGUGGCGCUGCAGUAGAGUUUACUGAUGCUGCUCUUUAGUUUGUUUCUGUGUGAUGGAUGUGUUUAAUAUAAUGAAAGUUUCUGUAUUCAAUGCUGAUCUUUUACGGCUGAAUCAUCUGAAAAACUGACUGUGAAGUGUGGAUUAAACCUUACAAUUUAAAU